UACACACUAUACUAUACUACGCUUAUAUACAUAUAUAUAUAUAUAUAUAUACAUCUUUAUCUUUAUCUGUUGGUAUACUUGUAUACACACAAACAAAGAAAACCUCUUCUUCUCCUCUCCUUCUUCUAUUAUAUUGCUUUAUUUUUGCCUCUUUUCUUUUUUGGCCUAGACAUGACGGUUACAAUGGCUGCACCGAUUUUAAUCACACCAUCUGGAAAACCCAACUCUCAUGACAGCAACAAUUCAACUCAUCAUGUACCCCAAAGCCACUUUUCACAAACCAUUUCAAACGGCAGACAAGACGUCAUUGCUCUCAAACAACUCCUGGCAGAUGCAUUGGGAGAAAAUGGACCUUUAUACUGGGAUGCUCUUCGCGAUUUUGUCAUUGGAAAACUAAACCGUCAAGAAUUUGAUUUUUAUGCCAGUCUUUACCUCAGUCGACACAAUGCACACCUUCAUAAUGCAUUUAUUCUUAGUACUAUCCACAAUGCUCAGACAGCAGUUCCACCUCCUUCAAGGGAUCGUGCAGUAGGGUGGGCUAAACGGAAAAGAGGCAAGGAAGGUGGACUGGAUCAAGAUGUGGAUCAAGACCCUCGCAAACAAAAAUUAAAGAUGGAUGUCAUGGCUCUCUCCAAAACCGAAAGGGAUCGACUCAAGUCACUUGUAAAAUCUGGAAAGGAUAAACUAAAUCCUUUUGUAGACACACUACUUGGUCCUCGUGUCAGUCAAGGCCCUCCUCCGCCUCUUCCUUUAGAUCGUCUACCACCAAGCUUUAAUGCAGAUUAUGCCCGUGGUUUAUUGGCUCCUUUGUGCGCUGAUCUAAAGGAACUUCCAAGUGCUCAGACUUUACAUUCGCGUAUGACAAGUACAGCACUAGAACAUGGAUUAUUGGGAGGAGUUACCGAAGAUGCUGUUCAUGCAAUGCUAUUUGCCACAGAGAGCUACAUCAAAUCAAUAAUCUUUAGCACGAUUACCAAACGACGUAUCAAUCGUCCUAUUGGAGUGUGUAUGCCCAGCUCGUCAACAUCAACAAUAGCAUCAUCUUUACCAACCACUGCAACAAAUACAGCAAAUACAGCAUUAUCAUCAUCACAUUCAUUACCAUCAUCAGCAUCAGCAUCAUCUCUAUCAUCAUCCUUACCAACCUCGACCUCUACGACUUUAACAGCACCAACAACAAUACCAUCCUCUUCUUCUUCUUCUUCUUCUUUACAAUCCAAACCUCAGCCAGACACCAAUUCCAUCUUUACUUCCGCAAAUACGACCAAUACAACUAAUGGAGCCAUAUCCACAUCCACACCUACAUCUACAUCUACACCUACACCUACACCUACACCUACACCUACAUCUACAUCUACAUCUACAUCUACGUCUCAAAAUGAAUCAGACACUACUCCUACCAAACAUUCACUAGGUUUGGGUGACUUGGCAUUCUCAUUUGAGUUGGCACCUUAUAUUCUUGUCGAAACUCCAAUGAAUGCCGAACGUUUGAUUGCACUGCGAGAAACUCAAGACGACUCAUCAGAAGAAGAGGAUGACUAUGAUGAUGACGAUGAAAAUGAAGAUGAUUCAUCUGAAGGCGAGUUUGAAGUGUGAACAACAACAACAACAACAAAAUAGAUUUGUAUCCAAACUAUGAGAAUAACACGUCUGUCCCUCUUUCUCUCUUUGUGUGUGUGUUCAUCCAAUACUGCCACCGUUGCCUUUACUUUAUGCUUUGUUUUUUCUUGGUCUUUAUAAAUAAUACUAAUAAUAAUGAUAAUAAUAAUAAUAAUAUUACUGCUACUGCUACACAUUUACAUUU